AUGGAUUUUAAACCCAUAAAUGAUUUACCAGAAUCAACAUAUUCACAAUAUGCUUGUUUUGAUGUAUUGCGUUUAGCUACAGUACGUGGAGCUGAAUUAGCAUCUUUUGAAUCUAGUGUCAAUGUUUUAACUAGCACUGCACUUACUGGACUUCAACGUCUGCCUGUUCGUUUACGAAGACGCGCUGCAAGUCAUCGUAUCAAUAGAUUACCUCGUCGUUUUCAUAAACAUCAUCAUCUUGCAAACCCUAAUGAGAAUGGUUCUAAGUCUGGGACAUUUCAAAUCAAAAAUAAAUUGAAAUCCCGCCGAUAUCGUCGGCGUACAUUACGUCUUUUAGCUUUACAUGCACGUUUUAUUACAACAAAUAAACAUAAUAACCAUUUAAAAAAGGAAAAAUCAUUCUGGUUACCAACACAUAUAUGGCAUGCUAAACGAUUUCAUAUGAUUACAAAAUGGGGUUGGCGUUUACCUUAUGCACCAACGAAUAAAAUAUUCAAAGCAUGUUAUAAAGCAUCUCAUAAUGGUUGUUUAUUGUUUGACGUCAGUUAUCUUAAUUGUUUCCAAAUAUAUGGACCUGAGAAUAUGUUAGUGAAAUGUUUAAAUGAUGUAUUUCAAUUAGAUUAUCAAGUUGAUUCUUGGCUUCCUGAAUUGUCCAACAUGAAAACUCCUUUAUGGUCAUGUGAACAAACUGGAAUUUUAUACGCAACUAAUAAAUAUGUUAAAGAUAUUUCUCGUCCAGUACUUGGACCUGUUCGAAUUCUAUGGGGUUCAUUAAAUUCACUAAGCGAAAGCUUUCGUCAUAUUUGGUUAUGGCUUCAUCCAGCAAUGUCUGCAUCAGCUUGGGAAUUACUACAAACUUCUAUUAAAGAAGUCAAUUCUUUAAAUGAUACACAAAGUGCACUUGAACUAGAUGAUGUAACGGGUUACUUUUGUCGCCUUCGUUUAAUCGGUCGACAAUCACAUGGAUUAAUCAGUGAUAUUAUUCAAUUGAAAAAUGGGAGUACACUUGACGAAAAUUGGACAUCUUGGAAUAAUGUUUCUACAAAUAUACGUGAAGCUGUCUGUGUCCCAUCGGGACUUGUUAUUAGUCUACAGGAUUGUGAAAAUUUCCGUUCUAAUAGGCCACGUUUGAAAAUUCGUAAUCGAAAUUGGUCUCUCAUGCCAAUCAAAUUAAGUGACAAUGAUCCUCAAAAUCAGGACCAAUUACGUAUGAAUGAAUCGUUAAAUAACAAAUCUGGUUUCGUACUACCUUCUGGUAAACAAUUAUCUUGGUUAGAUAUUAAUAAAUUCUUUCCAAAUCACACUAAUUCACCUGACCAAUUACUCUCAACAAAAAUUAAUCUGGGAACUAAAGAAAACAGUAUAGAUGUUGUUUUGAUCCAGAAUAGUACACCGUCAUUGAUUCGUUCGUCACCUGAAACCGUUGGUUGGGAUAUAAUAUUACGACGAAAUUUUCCACAGUCAGAUAAUGAUUUAUUACUUCGUGGUUCUUUAACAGCGCGUGAUUUUCUUAUAGCUUGUGUUUAUCGAGGAGCUGAAGUUGGAGGUCUACGAGAUUUAUAUUAUUGGGCGGGACUUGGAACAUGUGCAGGUGGACGUUUUGAUUCAUUUCCGGAAACUUUAUGGCCUGAUACCUUAGCUGGUCGGAAAUCUGCAGAAAUUGUCACUAAAGAGAAGUUAAAUAAAUUGAUUCGCCUUCCAAGUAAUUUACGCCCUGAUUUUACUAAAUUCGGUAUUACUUGUCCAUUUCUUUAUCCUUGGUCUGAACUGAUUACACAAAAUUCUAUAAGUAUUGGAAAAACAACAGAUUCAAUUGUUUCAUCAACAAUUUCUAGUAAUGAUAAUGUAAUUACAUCUAGUUCAGUUGAUAAUAAUAAUUGGUUUGUUCUUCGUGAACCAGGAUUACUUCGUUUAGUUGUACAUAGAAUGAUCAUUGGAGAAAAUCGUGCUAAAUUAUCAUUACAACAAUUGUAUAAUUAUAAUUCAUUACUUUUAAAUGCAAUUAUUCUAGUUUAUGUGAAAACUGAACACCGAGGUGUACCACAGGCAUAUGCGCGUAUUUACGCAUUCUAUCCUAAUGAAUCUACUAGAAAAAAUUCAAGAGCGGUUAACAGUAAUCCUGUGACUAAUUCAGCAGAUGAUAAGGAAUCUCCUCAGAAUUCUCGUCUUCUAAUUGGUUAUGUUCAAGAUGGUGGUUAUGGUCAGUCACUAGGUCGUGGGAUCGGAUUGGGUUUUAUCAGUUUAAGUGCUUUAUCAAAUGCUUUAAAUUUGAUUAACACUACCAAAAGAAUAAAAUAUUGCAUUCAAAAUCCUACGUCACAUCAAUCCUAUAAUGUUAGACUUUCUGUAGUGAUUUAA